AUGACGAAGCGCACCAAGAAGGUCGGUGUGACCGGUAAAUAUGGUACCAGAUACGGUGCCUCGCUCCGAAAGCAGGUGAAGAAGAUGGAAAUCACACAACACGCCCGAUACAUUUGCACAUUCUGCGGCAAGAACACUGUCAAGCGCACUGCUGUCGGUAUCUGGAACUGCAAGGGCUGCAAGAAGACUGUUGCUGGCGGAGCCUGGACCGUCUCAACACCCGCUGCGGCUGCCACAAGAUCGACGAUCCGACGUCUUCGAGAAAUUGCGGAGGUUUAG